AUGCAUACAGUCCAGACCAAGCUGAGUUUCCAUUUUUGUUUUGCAGCCCACCUUCAAAGUGAAUUAAGUGAACUUGCAGAUUUCUGUGGGCAGCAUAAUUCCCCUUUGACCAUGGCUGUUUCAUGCUGUGCUGUCCAGAUGACAACAGUGAAAGCUAAAGUAGGGGAGGUAGCCGCACUCCCUUGCAAGCAUAAUAUACAUUUAGACAACCCCCUGAAAUAUUACAAUGUCUACUGGCAAAAAGUUAUUGGUUACGAUAAACGUGAUCAUGUAGCACUAUCUUACUGGCAAGGCAAAGAAGAUACAAAACACCCAGAUUACCAGAACAGAACCAAAAUGGACCAGCAGAAUUUUACGCUUUGGAUCUCUCCAGUAAAAGUGUCAGAUGAAGGCAAAUACAAGUGCAUCAUACUGAGCAAUUCCACAGACUUCAGUGCUUUAAACUUAUCUGUGGUGGCUGAUUUCAGCAAGCCUGUCAUACAUGCUGAGAUACCACCUAACGCCUGUGGCUCAACAUUAUUGACACUGAGAUGCUCUUCUCAUGGAGGAUAUCCAAAAGCUAACAUGUCUGGGCUUCUAAAUAAUGAGACAGUGGAAUGGAUUCCUAUUUUCAUACCUGACAACCAAACAGAACUCUUCAAUAUUACCAGCAAUUUGCAGCAGAACUUGACUGGAGAUAUAUUGUUCCAAUGCUCAGUUUCGUAUCCAGGUUUCCAAACAUCCACCAGCUACAAUUUCACAAUACCAAAGGAGUGUUCUGUGGUAAAUCCUCUACCACACUGGAUUGUGAUUGCUUCAAGCGUGAUCCUUGUCUGCCUUGUAGUUGUGGCAGCACUAGCAAACAUCCAAUGCUGCAAAAGGCAGAGGUCUUGUUGCCACACCACCUCCCAUCAGUCAAUGGAAAUAAGUGAAAUCAAUGCGGGUGCUGCUCUGACACCCCUGCAGCUCUCCAGUCACACAUCAGAAGACUGA